GAGACUCUGGCCCUUGGACGUCAGGACCAGCUUUUGUGAAAUUUGGAAAAUGCAUUAGUGCACAGGAAGUGUCCAUUUCAUGGUUAAGGGGGGAGACGGGGGGAGGACGAAAUUUAAUAGGUCAUUCCAUCACGCUUCUUAUUGAGCAGAAGCAUUAAAAUUAACGCCACUUUUUUAUUCUUUCAGAGGGAUAGGAUAAUAAAUAAAUUCAGAUGCGACCCGCACAUGCUAUUUUAAAGCAUCUUGACUUAUAGUGUCCUGAAGCAUUCAGACGCGGAAAACAAGCUAUAGUUGGAAGGAUUUAUCCACUCGGACGGUGCGCGCACCCGUGUGGAGCGCCGCAGCAGUAAUAGAUGCGCGCCCCCGCUUCCAGCUGGGACAAGCCGUGUGGUCGGGAAGCAGAGUUGUGCCAGAGCGUGCUAAAGUUGGGGAAAAGGGGGGGAAGAGGAUGCUGUGGUGGUCGGCGGACAGGAGAAAAUAUUAGCAGAGGAUUUUGUUUACGGCUUAGAAACAAGAGGAACACCAGCCUUCCAUAAAGGAUGAAUGGCAAAAUACUGAGCUCAAGCCUUUUAAUUUUACUAGGUUUACAGCACUUCUCGGCACGACCCUGUAAGGAUCCACUUGUCUCUCCACUCUACGCCUCCUCCUUCUUGGCAUCAUCCAGAUAUAAUUUUUUAUAUUCUCCUAAUUUUGCAAGGUUAUACGGGAGCAGUGGCUGGUCUCCAGCCCCCAGAGAUCGUCAGCCUUGGCUCCAGAUCAACCUGAAUCAUAAGUACAGAAUCACUGGCAUCUCCACCCAGGGCACCUUCAACUCCUACGACUGGGUGACGAAGUACACCUUGCUGUAUGGGGACCGGCCCGAUGCCUGGACACCAUACAUCCAGAGAGGGGGAAACUCGACAUUUUCAGGGAACUGGAACUAUUACCAGGUGAAGAGGCACAACUUUCACCAUGCUAUCACUGCCAAGCAUCUGCGCUUCCUGCCUCUGGGGUGGAACCCUGCAGGCAAGAUUGGGGUUAGGCUGGAGGUCUAUGGCUGUUCCUAUGACUCCUACGUUAUGGCUUAUGACGGAGAUGACAUGGUGUCCUACAAAUUUCCACGGAGGACUAACAGGACCCUAAGGGACCACAUCGCUCUGAACUUCAAAACCCUGGAGCGCGAAGGGCUGCUUCUGCACAGUGAGGGGUCUCAGGGGGACGUCUUCACCCUGGAGCUGAAGAAUGCCCGGCUCUACCUGCACAUCAGCCUGGGGAACAGCACCGUCCACGGGAUAUCAGGACUGACCACUCUGACUGUGGGAAACCUGCUGGACGACCAGCACUGGCACUACGUCACAGUGAAACGUUAUGGUCGCCACGUCAACCUGACAGUAGACAGCCACACGGAGAGCGCCCUGACGUAUGGGGACUUCGCUUACCUUGACCUGGACACUCAGGUGUACGUGGGAGGAGUAAUAGAGCCUAAUCAGCCACAUUUGCCAAACACACCCAACUUCCGAGGCUGCCUGGAGAACGUCUUCUACAACGGGAUCAACAUCAUUGACCUGGCCCAGAGGAGGAUGCCACAGAUACGGUUCCCUCAUCGGCAGAAAACGAUCCGCUACGCCUGUCAGGACAUCCUGCUGAAGCCCGUAACAUUCGCAGGGAUCAACAACUACCUCCAGGUUCCCGGGUUAUACAGAAAGAGCCGAAUGGCUGUCAAGUUCAAGUUCCGGUCCUGGGACUUCACUGGCCUGCUCAUGUACACCAGAUUUGCAGACAACCUCGGCUCCCUGGAGCUGGGCCUGAGUGAAGGCCAGGUCAACAUCACUCUGAUGCAGCCUGGGGUCAAGCAGCUGAAAUUUGCUGCAGGAUAUCGUCUGAACGAUGGAUUCUGGCACAUGGUGGAUCUGGUGGCCAGGGAUAACUCUGUGACGGUGAUCAUCGAUGAGAACGAGGGCUCUCCUCUCCGGAUCACCAGUGUCUUCACCAUACGCACCGGUGACAUUUACUAUUUUGGAGGAUGCCCCAAGGGAAAUAAUGGCGAAAGAUGUGAGACCAAGCUCAAGGCUUUUCAUGGCUGCAUGCAGCAGAUCUUCAUCGAUGGUGAUCCUGUGGACAUUGACAUCAUUCUGAAGUGGCGCCGGGGCCGAUACUCUGAGCUCCUGCUGGGCACCUGCGGAAUCAGUGACCGGUGUACCCCGAACCUCUGUGAGCAUGAGGGGAAGUGUAUCCAGUCUUGGGAUGACUUCAUGUGUCUCUGUGACAAUACGGGGUACAAAGGGGAGGUGUGCCAUAAAUCGGUCUACAAAGAGUCAUGUGAAGCGUACCGGCUCAACGGGAAGACGUCUUCAGGGAACUACACCAUCGACCCGGACCUGAGCGGCCCUCUGAAGCCCUUUGUAGUCUACUGUAACAUGAGAGCAACCAAGGCCUGGACGGAAGUGAGGCACAGCCGGAUCGUGGCCACCAAGGUAACGGGCUCCCGCGCCGACAGGCCCUACAUCGGCGACGUGCAAUACUACAACGCCUCCUGGGACGAAGUGACGGCUCUGGCCAACACCUCGAGCUACUGUGAGCAGUGGAUUGACUACUCGUGCUACAAGUCGCGGCUCCUCAACACUCCUUCUGGAAAGCCCUUCAGCUACUGGAUUGGCCGUUAUGGCGAGAGACACAUGUACUGGGGAGGCUCCUUUCCUGGGAUUCAGAAGUGUGGGUGUGGCAUCAACAGGACUUGCACAGACAUCAAGUUCUCCUGCAACUGCGACGCUGAUUACAGGCAAUGGCACUAUGACAGGGGGCUGCUGAACUACAGGGAUCACAUGCCCGUGACUCAGGUGGUGGUUGGAGACACCAACAGGACCGGCUCUGAGGGCAAGUUCAGCAUUGGGCCACUGCGCUGCUUCGGAGAUCGAAACACCUGGAACACUGUGGCCUUCACAAAAGCCACGCACAUGGUCUUCCCCACCUUCAGGCCCGGCACCAGCGCCGACAUCACCUUUUACUUCAAGACCACAUCCGAUCACGGCGUCUUCCUGGAGAACUCUGACGAACGCCACCGCAACUUCGUUCGAGUGGAGCUCAACAGCACCACGGAGCUGCUUUUCAUCUUCAGCGUGGGCGAUGGAAUCAUCAACGUGACCCUCAAGUCACCCUGGCACCUGAAUGACGACGACUGGCACCACGUCAAGGCCGAGAUUAACGUGAAGCUGGCCCGGCUGAAGGUGGACUACCAGCCCUGGGCUGUGCGCAGAUUCCCACCCCAGACCUACGUCACCAUGGAGUUCACCAAGCCUCUCUUUGUGGGUGCCGCCGAGCACAAGCUCAGAGCCUACCUUGGCUGUCUCCGGGGGUUACGGAUGAAUGGGGUGACCCUUGACCUGGAAGGGAAAGUCAGCGAUAAGGAGGGGAUCAGGCUGAACUGUACAGGCCAGUGCCUGAACGCCACAGUGCCCUGCAGGAAUGGGGGCCGAUGCGUGGAGAAAUAUGGACACUACUUGUGCGACUGCAACAGCACUGCCUUCGAAGGGUUCUACUGCUCCAAAGACAUUGGAGGCUACUUCGGGGCCGGAACCUGGCUGCGCUACAAUAUCCGCACGGAGGCGAUUUCGGAGGACGCGCGGUUCGCCAACACGCUGGACCCCUACAACUUCAGCCUGGGCUACAACCAGACCAGCGAGGAGAUCGAGCUGAGCUUCAGCACCACCGAGAAGCCGGCCGUGCUUUUUUACGUCAGCUCCUUCGGAAAGGACUUCAUCGCCGUCAUCCUCAAAAACGAUGGUAGCCUGGAUUUGAAAUACAGGCUGGGAUUAUUCGCCCAUACAUACCUCGUGUCCUCAAGGAACCUGGCUGAUGGGUACCCUCACAUUGUGAACAUUACCAGGACGGACAGAUACAUCCGCAUUCAGGUGGAUUACACAGCCCCCAUCUGGGAAUCCAUCCCUGUGCUGCAAGAAACCAAGUUUGACUCCCCGAAGUCCCUCUUUCUUGGAAGGGUGAUGGAGGUGGGCGAGAUCGACUACGAAGUCCAGCGGCACAACUCCCCGGGUCUGAUCGGCUGCCUGUCGGGGGUGCGCUUCAAUAACAUCGCCCCGCUCAAGUUCUACUUCAGACCCAACGGCACCGAGUUCAACCUCACCGUGCAGGGAGAGCUGGUGGAGUCCAACUGCGGCACCUUCCCCCCGGUCCUGCCCCCCAUCCCGCUGGAGGCCGACCCCUGGUACAGCGGACCAGUCUUCCAUUACAUCCAUGACGACACCCCCAGUGGCCCCGUCCUCGCACUCAUUAUCAUCCUGCUCCUGCUCCUUCUCUUCGGGGUGCCGUUUGCUCUGUACAUGUACCUGUACCGCUACAAAGGGACCUACCACACCAACGAGCCCAAGACCGUGGAGUCCCCCAGCAGCGCCAAGCCCCUGACCGAGCCGCCCAGGAAGGAGAAAAACCUGCCCAAAAUCCAAGAGGAGGCCAGGAGUGAAUAACUGCUCGCCGCCUGGGUGGAGAGAGGGUUUCAGGAACACUAAUGCCUGUUAAUGUUUGCUUUGUCCCCCCACCCCCCAACACUGGUUUAUUUACAAGUCAGACACAAGGUUUAUACUGGAUCUCUGGUGCGGGAGUGUUACACAGGGGAGCUGUGGGAAUUGUUUAGUGAGAGCUUGAGAGAAAAGGUGAAAACGAAUCCCAUCCUUCACUACAGGGCUGACCAACAGAAGUGCCUGAAUGAACAUUCUUAUCAUGACCUUUAAUGCACAUGCUCUAAUAUUUCCUACCUUGCACCAACUAGGUAAUUCAGACACAGUGGUAUGGUGUCAUGUAGUUUGCCCAGGUUGCAAAAGGAUGACUUUCAGAGCUUUCAGUGCUCUGUCUGGUCUUCCAAGUCCUCAGAAAGUCUGUCUGGUCUCUCCCAUUGCCUCCAGCCUGCAUGGCAGAGGAGGGAAUACAAUACUGGUGCUCUCAAGCUGGAGGAAGCUUCACAAAACUCAUAUUAACAUAAGCAACUACCGAAUGCUGAAAGAAAUACCAAUACAAAAGAAUCAUUAAGCAAUGUGUAUGAAACUCCUCCUACCAUAACCUGGGAAUGUUUAGUCAUGUAGAGCCAUAUCCAAUUCUACAAAAACAUGUGUGAAUACCUACAGUAUAGUGCUUAUGUCCCCUCUGCUCUUUUGAGUUUCAAGGGACCCAAACUUGCCUGUGAUUUAUGUAAACAUUUCGCAGUGAGAUGGCUGGAAUUUUGUUUAAUUAUUGGGAUCUCUUUUUGUGUUCAAAACAGGUCCAUGCGGUUUGUUUUCUCUCAAUAGGCAGUUAGUAGGAUAAGCUACACCCCAGAAUGACCAGAGGUGAGAUCUGGAUUUGUGUCCAUCGAUUGUACAAGUGCUGUAACUGGCCCAAUAAUUACUGUACCUUUAGGCAUCUCUGAGCAGGCUUUUCGAAGACCAGUUCACAUCCAUCUGCUGGAUCUUUCUCAGGUGCCAUUAGAAUUCUUGGCACUUAAUCUCAGCGGCCAGGUGAGCACUGUCUCCAAGCACUCUGACACAGCCUGUCUCGUCAUACUUGAAUCACAGUCUCAAGUAGCACUUGAAAAUGAUGAGGAACUUCAGGCUGGUCUCAUGUCUGCAGUCCAGUCAGCUCGUAGGGCGUGGGCCUUCAACUGGGAAUUAUUCCAAGGAUAUUAUUAAAGUCUUGCUUCCUCUCUGGAUGAGCAAGACUUCCAAGUUUUAGUUAGCAGAAAUGUUGGUAACACUGAGCUGAUCUUACAUUUGAAAAGAAAAACAACCAAUAUCUUAAUCUGUGGGGACUUGACAAAGCUAGGUAAUUGGGGCAUCACUCUCCCUAGCUGUGCUGCGGCUGUUGACGAACGAUUAAUAAUUAUCUGACCGAAUUCGAGGACAACCACUGGGCCAAGAUAACCUGAAACAGAAAUGUCAAACUGGUGGAUAAUGGCAGCCCUGUAGUAUGUGAUGCAGAUUACUGUAUGUCUUUUCAGGACUCCAUUUGAUUUAGACCAGAAAGCUUUAGAAAGACGUGUGACCCAGGUGCAGAGAGGGUUGUGCAGAUGUGCUGCACUGUUCUGUAACCCAAAUCUGUUCUGUUUAACGUUAUUUGCAGUUUAAUAUUUUUAAAAUGCUAACCGGAGGCCGAGGGCUCUGUGCUAUUUAAGAGGGUCCAGGUGCCCCUGUCAGUACAUGCUGGACUCUGAGCCUCCAGCUCAGAAGACAAACUGCCAAGACCAAGAAAAGUACAGUAAAAAUGCCUGCUCAUGAUAUCGUCAAGGUAUCUAUCAGAAGACACUGUUUUUUUUAAAUAUAGGCGAUCACAGUCAUGUAAAUGUCUGCCUUUUACCCUGCUUUGAUAGACUGAUAGUAUUUAGGGCGCUGCUUCUUAGCUGUUUAAACAGAAGGAUCAUAACCAAAGCCUAGAGAAAUAAAAAAAGAACAUAAUGCUGUGCUAUUUGAGGCAAUAUGUACCGUGUUGUUGAGAAAUCAUGAAAUUUUUAGCUAUGCAUAUUAAGGCAUGUGAUCUGCACUUUGCAUUGCAAUGCAACAAGCUACUGCUUCAGCACAAUCACCUCAGAAGUAUUUUAGCAGUUUUGUUUGCAAAUUCUAAAAUUAUAUUAUAUAUAAAUACUAUAUAAAUAAAGUGUAUAUCAUUUUUUAAUGUACUGGUUUAUAUAAAAAGUCAUAAAAUCUUGAAUGUACGUUUGUGCUGUUACUGUGAUGUGAGAAGGUGGAUGCACUAUAAUGGUCUCUGUCCCAAUGUUUUCCAUGUCCUUCAGAAAAAAGACAAUUAAAUGCCCUUUCCACCGAUACUAAGCCUCAAUUCUGACCGUUUCAGAAUUUUUGCUUCAGAGAAUAUAACCAAGUCUGAAAUUUUAAGCAGCCGUGAAACUACUGCGGAAUUGUGCUAGUCUUUUUGUGGCUGUUUUUAACUGAAAAAACACUUUUUCCUUUA